GGGCCGAGCGGGGCGGCGGAGCGGGGCAGCGGCCACCCCCCGCGCCCCCUGCCCGCAGCGCGGCCGGGACGGGAGCAUGCGGAUCCUCUUCCUCUGCCUUCUGACUCUCGCUGAUACCCGCGGGCAAGUGGCACAGACGCGGUUCGUGGAGGAGCCGGAGGACCAGACAGUGGUGGCCGGCCAGAGGAUCGUCCUCUCCUGCGUGGUGCUCAAUUAUUCCGGGAUCGUGCAAUGGACCAAAGACGGCCUCGCCCUGGGGAUGGGGCAGGGGCUCAAAGCCUGGCCACGCUACCGCAUCGUGGGCACGGCCGACUCGGGCCAGUACAACCUGGAGAUCACCGACGCCGAGCUCUCCGAUGACGCCGUGUACGAGUGCCAAGCCACUGAGGCCGCGCUGCGGUCCCGCCGGGCCAAGCUCACUGUGCUGAUCCCCCCCGAGGACCCCACCAUCGACGGAGCCCCCGAAAUCCUGCUGCGUGCGGGGACGCCGUACAACCUGACCUGCCGGGCACGCAGCGCCAAGCCAGCGGCCACCAUCGUCUGGUACCGGGAUGGGCUCCAGCAGGACGGAGCCAUCACCAGCACGGAGGUGUUGGCCGACGGCAAGCGGGAGACGACCACCAGCCAGCUUGCCAUCAACCCAACUGACCUCGACAUCGGGCGGGUGUUCUCCUGCCGCAGCACCAACGAUGCCAUCCCGGCGGGCAAGGAGACCUUCGUCAAGCUCAACGUUCACCAUCCCCCGACUGUCACCCUGUCCAUCCAGCCCCAGACGGUGCAGGAGGGCGAGAGGGUCGUGUUCACCUGCAUGGCGACCGCCAACCCCGAGAUCAAAGGCUACAGGUGGGCCAAGGGGGGGGUGAUCAUCGAGGACGCCAAGGAGAACAAGUACGACACGCAGGUGGAUUACACCUUCUUCACGGAGCCCGUCUCCUGCGAGGUGCACAACGACAUCGGCAGCACCAAUGUCAGCACGCUGGUGGACGUGCACUUUGCCCCUCGGAUCGUGGUGGACCCCAAACCCACCAUCACGGACAUCGGCUCCGACGUGACGUUGACGUGCGUGUGGUCCGGCAACCCACCGCUGACCCUCACCUGGACCAAAAAGGAAUCCAACAUGGUCCUGAGCAACAGCAACCAGCUGUACCUGAAGUCCGUCACGCAAGCCGACGCAGGGCAGUACGUCUGCAAAGCCAUCGUCCCCCGCAUCGGCGUGGGCGAGCGCGAGGUCACCCUCUUCGUCAACGGACCCCCCAUCAUCUCGAGCGAGGCCGUGCAGUACGCGGUGCGCGGGGACCGUGGCAAGGUGGAGUGUUUCAUCGGCAGCACGCCGCCCCCGGACCGCAUCGCGUGGGCCUGGAAGGAGAACAUUUUGGAGGCAGGGACGCUGGAGCGGUACACGGUGGAGCGGACUAACACGGGCAGCGGGGUCCUCUCCACCCUCACCAUCAACAACGUCAUGGACGCCGACUUCCAGACCCGCUACAACUGCACGGCCUGGAACAUUGGGCCAGGGACCGCCAUCAUCCAGCUGGAGGAGAAAGAGGUCUUGCCCGUGGGCAUCAUCGCCGGUGCCACCAUCGGGGCCAGCAUCCUCGUCAUCAGCUUCCUCGUCGCGCUCGCCUGCUUCCUCUACCGGCGCCGGAAAGGAAGCCGCAAGGACGUCACCCUGCGCAAGCUGGACAUCAAGGUGGAGACGGUGAACAGGGAGCCCCUGACGCUGCACGCGGACCGCGAAGAGGACACGGCCAGCGUCUCCACAGCCACCCGCGUCAUGAAGGCCAUCUACUCGUCGUUCAAGGACGAUGUGGACUUGAAGCAGGACCUUCGCUGUGACACUAUCGACACCCGCGAGGAGUACGAGCUCAAGGACCCCACCAACGGCUACUACAACGUCCGUGCCCACGAGGACCGCCCAUCCUCCCGCACCGUCCUCUACGCCGACUACCGCAACCCCGGCCCGGCACGCUACGACACCCGCCCGCCCUCCCGCCUCUCCCACUCCAGCGGCUACGCUCAGCUCAACACCUACAGCCGCGGCCCCGCGUCCGACUACAACGCCGAGGCGGCGCCGGGUCCGGACCCCCUCCCGGCGGCAGGCGGUGAGACGGCAAGCCAGCUCUCCUACGAGAACUACGGGGGUCACGCCGCCUUCCCGGCCGGUGCUGGUUAUGCCACCUACCGCCUGGGGUACGGGCAGCCCCCCAGCCUGGACCGGGCACCCUACGACGCCUACGACCCCAUGGGCAAGUACGCCAGUGCCACCCGUUUCUCCUACACCUCCCAGCACUCGGACUACGGGCAGCGCUUCCAGCAGCGGAUGCAGACGCACGUCUAGGGCGGGCAGGGGCUGGCAGGCAGUGCCGAAGGCCGGGGGCGGCGCAGGCAGCGGGGGUCCACAGGUACCU